AUAUUAUGCAAUUCGAGCACUUUAGCGCCAUCGCUGUCAAAGCCAAUGCCUUGUUGUUGUGCGUGAAAAUCCUUCAGCAAGACAUGGACAAGUUUUUGAUGAGGACGACCUCUGAUGUAGCUCCAGUUUCCAAGGUUACGCCAUCGCCGCAGAUCAGUGGGGGGGCCUAUGGUAUACCCCCGCACGCACUGAGAGCACAACUGGCGGCACGGGAGAAGCAGCGAGAGGAGGCCAUAGAACGGGCUGCCUCAGCAGGGGCCGUGCAGUCGAGUUUACCAGCGGGCGAACGAAUUUACGGACCAGAAUGCCGUUUUUUCCGGUUUGUGUCAGAGAUAAAACGGGACACUCAUUACUUGCACCACAAAUUCAAGCCCACGCACACGCGGCCACUGCCGUCACUUGCGGGUACAGAGAUAAGAUCAGAAUCGGACCUGUUUGACGCAGCCAUCAGGGAACUCUCUGGCCAUGUGGAUCGCCAUGCCUCCCCUUCCGAAGACAUAACGCACCUGGAGGUAGGCACAUCCCUUAGAGAAUUAGCAACAAGUACUGCGGAUCAAAGCACCAAGGAUGAGGACACAGACGAAGCAGUUGCUGAUAAAGACAGUCACAAGAUGCCUCUGCGCAGACAGCAGUUCACGCAGUCACCAGCGCAACUCAGGCAGACUGAACUCGCACGCCGAGGUCUGUCUCCAGAUACCGUUGUAGCAGAAUCGACACCGUCUCCGCCUCCCAGUACAGCCUCGAUUCGACUACCCGUGGUGGCCCAGAAAGCGGCCUCAUCGUCGAAGGGUACAGACACCACCCAGUCUUUGCGAAACUACAUCACCGUGCUAAACAUCCUGCGCGUCAUCCAGAAGUUAACGAAGAACAAAGCAGAUCGUGUGCGACUGUUAGUGCAAUUCAAGGCACACUCUGUGUUCCGUACGCUUAUCCGAAUCGACAACGAGGCCAUAAAUAUAUACGCACUCAAGGUACUUAAGAGUAUGCUGACCUACCUGCCCCGUAAGUGGCGCAAUAGUAAUAUGCUGGUGGUAACGGGCAUAUACCUGCGCCUUGGGAGUACACUCAAGGAUCACUGGACUAUCACAGACCCGGAUUUGCAACCACCGCCACACACACUGCAACAGGCGGCCUUGCUCGCUGAGCAGAUUGCGACGUUCAACCGCUAUCACUACGAGGAAGAGGACACAUACUCUGAGGCUACCGGUUCUCUGUGGGCCACAAUAGAGACCGAUGGAUAUGUAGACAGGAUUGAAAGCAGGCUCUGCUCCAGUCUGCAAGCAAGCGGAGACGAUACGAUAUGGAAUAAUCCGACAGGAGUAGUGCACGAGUGGGAGUUUGAGCUUUGGAUGCGUCGCGAAGGUGUUUUCCUCUUAUUUGGCAGUUAGUAGUAUCUUGUUAGGCGGUUAGUAUUGGACGACUGACCCAGCUUGCAUGCUAUCACUGGGUUGAUUAGAUCAACUCUCACACUACCAAUGGGUAUGAGUUGGUUAAAUUAGCUUCAUGCAUUCAACGUGAUUAAUUUAGCUAAUUCCACCACUGGCAGCUUGGGAACUAGAAAAGAUUUUAAGAAUUACAUCACGAUACCAUAAGUGAAGGUCUUCAAUAUCAAUAGGAACUCCAGAAUGGAAAAUGCGUUGCUUGCUAUUCUACCGCUGCGCCGUGUUGCUACAAAAUAAGUCGUAGAAUUCAGUUCCAGAUUGGUUCUCAAAACAUAUACGGACCGU